AAAAUCUCAAGAUUUCAGGUUAAAAUUCAUAAAUGUGUAAUUAUGAAUUAUGAAUGUAUAAUGGACAGUGUUUAUUUCAAGUACUGAAACAUGUCAGCAUUUCUGUUGAGGUUUUCACCAUCAGUUUUAUGCCUUCGCUAGAUCACUUAAAAUGAUCCUGCUAUGUAACAAACAGUAUUUUAAAGUACAGCCAUUCCAUGUUGUUGUCAUAAAAGCUAUAUGUAUUUGUACAAACUAUAAAGGAAUUAGCUAAACGCUUUUAAAAUAGUUUUAGAUUAAGUUUAGCAUUUCACACCACAGGACAUGUCAACUUCCUAAAAGUAUUACUUGUACAACUACCCUUAUGUGACAGAAACCAAGACCUUCUAUAUAUCUGACAGAACCUUCACCACAACUUAGAAGAGAAUGUUUUCUUGUCAACAACUUCUGCAACUGUUACAUCUGAGCACGGAGGGGUUUCAUUUGAGGGGUUAUGAUCUUCUGAGUUUGUAUGCUUUGAAGCACUGAGCCAGAUGUCUUCUGAAUGUACGUGGCCGGUCCUUGUCACAUUCCACUUUAUACUGGCCGCAGGUGCACGUGGAGAAACUGUGUGCACUGUAAGGUCAAGUGGAGGCAAAGAAGUCCUCGUAGGUUCCAGUUUCUCCAUCUUCUGUGUCUUCAACAAGCAAUGCACCAAAAUAAUUUUUCGAGAUAAGAAAGAAAUUGAGCAUGCAUCGUUGAAUUCAAGUGCGGUGUCGGUGGAUGUUAAGAAUUUAACAAAGUUCAAUACCUUCACCUGCAAGUGCAAAGAGGACCCAGAGCCAUGUGGAAUUGACAUCACUCCAGGAUACCCACCAAGCAUUCCAGAAAACCUGAUUUGCAUUAGAAAAACAGAAUCUGGCAAUGUCAGCUGCACUUGGAGAACAGGAAGGGAUACCAAAAUCAUGACCACAUGUCAGUUAUGGGUAAAAGGUGAUCCUCACCAUGGCUAUAAGAGUCUUAUGAACUCUACAGGGUUUUGUUCAGCCACAUUCCCGAUCACAGGCUCAAUGUCCCAGCUCAUUGUGACGCUAAAUGUCUCUAAUAGCCUGGGCUCAGAAACCACUGGACCUCACAACUUCACCCUCAGCAACAUAGUAAAACCCUCAAGGCCUAAUAUCAGUCAUGUGGAGUGCUCCACCCGAUACUGCAGCCUACACACCAACACUCAUAGCACGCACUUGCUUGAGGUCCAAUACAGAGCAGAAAGCGAGACCUGGAAAAGCCUCCAGACUAAGGCUGAGAGCAAUUUGAACAUAUCCUCACUGCAGCCAUAUACCAAUUAUGAGUUCCAGAUCAGAAGGAAAAUAAACCGUACAGUAGGUCUGUGGAGUGACUGGAGUCUGACAAAAACAGCAAAUACUAAAGAAGAAGCUCCUGACAAGGUGCUUGAUGUCUGGUACCUCCAAGAGCACUUGCAAUCUCAAAACAAGUGUUUCAGAAUAUUUUGGAAGGCACUGAACAAAUCAGAUGCCAAGGGGGAGAUCAAAAGCUAUAAUAUAAGUGAGAAGAGGAUGCAGGUGAAGUCAGUCAUUGUAGGACCUACCAGAAGCCAUUAUAACAUCUGCUGCUCACACUGCUCUGUGUCAGUGUCUGCUAUUAACUCAGGAGGUCAAUCUCCUGACAAAUUUAUUGAGCUGCACUCUCUAGGUCUGUUUUCAGGUAUUGUGUCACACAAUUCCACUAAUAAUCAUAGUAUUGCCCUCUUCUGGUCAACGUUCACCAUUGGGACUGAGUAUGUGGUGCACUGGUAUCCAUUUGGACGAACAAUGCAACUUAAGUGGAUUAGAGUGGUGGACAACAAAGCUGUCAUUAGAGAUCUCCAUCCUAAGGAAUGCUAUCAGGUGGCAGUCACCUCUUUACACUCAUCCGGUUCUCUAAUGGCAUCCAUUGAAGGCAUCUCCACUUUCAUGUCAGUUCCAGAACAGGGUCCAAUUCCCCAACAAGACUGGAAGAAGAGUGACAGCAUGGAGGUGAAAUGGUCUGAAAUCCCACACGAGAAGAGAAGAGGCUGUUUGACAAAGUAUACGGUCUACCUGGAGGACAAUAAGAAAAGAGACAUUAAAAAUUACAAUGUGAAAUAUCCAAGGACACAGUAUACCAUCAGUAGUCUGUCACCAGGACAUUGCUACAAACUGUGGGUCACGGCCUGGACAGAUGCUGGGGAGGGACCCAGAGGAAGUGAACUCCCAUUUUGCACAACAUCAGACACUGAGAAACUACUGUCUGUGGUGAUCUUGGCUGGAGGAGCUGUUCUUCUGACCUGUCUCAUCAUCCUGUGCAUCUGCCAGUUCUCCUCUGUCCAGAGCAGAUUCUUAAGAUAUUGUAAGUGCCUGCUUCCUAGAGUUAUUCCAGAUCCAGCAAACAGCAAAUGGGCAAAGGAUUGUGCUAUUUACGAGGGUGAAAUUAAAUUCCCUCUUCACCAAUGUGACUCCAGCAUGAGCGAAGAGCCAGAUACUGUGGAUGUUGAGGAAGUUCCCAAUCCCUCCAGCUCCACCUGCACCUACAUCAAAAGCUUCUCUCAAGAAUCCAGCUCCUCUGACACCACCCAGAUAACCAGGAGCUCAGAUAUCAUGGAUGAUUACAUCUGCACUCAUGGGGAAAUAAGUGGAGGAGAAGAGGAGGACGAGGAAGGGGAAGAGAUGUUGGAUGAAUUCGGAUUCUUCCCAUGCACACCCAGCCCUUUCCUGGAGCCGCUGUUUCCAUGUGGAGGAAAGCUGACGCUGGAUAUAGUGAAAAUAGACUGCAGUGAAUUUCUGGACUGCACGUGACCCUCCAUUGGAAUUAUAAUUUGAAUCCUUACUGUGAUUGUAUUAUAACUUCAUGCAUGGGUGAUGAAUCAGCACAAUCCCAGAUAUGAUUUGUCUGACAAAGGAAUCAUUUUGUGGGUUUAGCUGGUUUCGAAUACAGUGUACCAAAGGAUGCCUCCAAUUCUGUAUUGUAGCCCAUUCUCGGGUUGGCCAUAUCAUAGUCUUGCGUACCCAGACCUCUGACUUAACUGCAAAAAGUCUGAUACACACUUCAGCUAGUUCAGGCUCCAAACAACUCACAUAGACAAGAAGAGACUGUCUAAAGGACAUGUAAUGCAACCAACCAGUUUGUUUUUAAAUUCUUUUUAGGGGUGGAUUUAUCUGAAUUAUGUUAUACCACAAGUUAAUUCAAAUGGUAAAUAUAGUUACACCAUAUAUUUUGCUCAUGAAUAUCAUCUAGUUAACUUGCUACAUAUUCCUUUUAACAAAAUUCUGAACAGUAUUUUUUUCAGAUUUGAUACCACAAAUGUGGCAAACUUUACUAGUGAUUAUUUCAUCCUCCAAAGGUCUUGUUGUGUCAAUUCAGUAUCAAGCAUGAUUUUUUUUUUUCAGACUAAUUAAACAACCCUUUGUGCCCUUAAAUAGAUAUUUCACCCAAAAAUGAAAAUUCUCUCAUUUACUCACCCCCAUGCCACCCCAGAUGUGUAUGACUUUCUUCUGCGGAACACAAACUAAGAUUUUUAGAAAGUCCAUACAGUGCUAAAGGUGGCCAGAACUUUGAUGGUCCAAAAAAAACACAUAACGUGUGUAUAAAAGUAAUGCACUCUAAAAAGACUCCAGUGGUUAAAUGUUUUCUGAAGCGAUAUAAGUGUGGGUGAGAAACAGAUCAAUAUUUAAGUCUUUUUUUAAUUAUAAUUUUCCACUUUCUUCUUCUUUCGUGCACAUCGCUACCAACUGGGCACGGAAGUGAAUUUAUAGUAUACCAUAUUUAUACCAUUCACUUGCAUUGUAUGGACCUACAGAGCUAAGAUUUUCUUUGAAAUACCGGUUUGUGUUCACAGAAAAAAAUUAAGUCAUACACAUCUAGGGUGGCAUGUGUGUAAUGAUGAGAAAAUUUUAAUUUUUGGGUAAACUACACCUUUAAUCCCAGAAACUGCACAAAAUAGCCAAUCAGAUUAGAACUUGCCAGAUCGAGAAAGUAAUUCUUUUUUUUUUUUUGUUGUAACAAGGAAAUGUUGUUCGCAUGCAAAUCUUAUAAAGAUAAUGUGGAUCUGGAUAUGUAUCGUCUAUAAAUGAUUCCAGUAGGCAGCAGGUUGAAUAGAUGGCUGUGAGAAUGGGCCGUCAAGAUUUUAGGUAACUUUUUGAGGACAUAUUGUACAGACCUCAUAUCUUUCCACUUGACAGCACUUUUCAACACUAAUACUUCACCACUGUAACAUUAACUCUUACACAAUAUGGUAAUCAAGGAAAAUUGCACAAGGGUCAAUAUACCAGCAGACCCAUUUCUCGUGUUUGUAUUAUCUACUCAAGAUGUGCAAUAUAUUUCACCCAUUACACAAAUACUGUCUUCACAAUAGUUCAUACAGUAAAUUAACCCCAUUAAAUUGCUUUAGUGUCCUAAUGUUAAGUUUUAUAAUCCAAACAUUUAAAGCAUUGAGAAGAAACUGCUACUUUAAAAAUACAUAUUUGAAUUGUUCUGGAACCUUACUUGGCUUAGUCACCUCAACUUCAAAAUAAAACGGUAGAUGAAAAUGAGAUUUUGUUUGUUUGAAUUUUCACUGUCUUGUUAAAGCAUUUUAUCCUGUGUAUUGCACAAAUUAAACCCCAAUGUAGAACUAAUAUUUUAAAAUCAAUGCAGGCUUGGUAAGAAAACCCCUUUCAGAACCAAUGAACAUCUCACAAUUCCAGGAAUCAUUAGAUAGAAAUAACUCCUAAGUCAAAACCAUCACUGAA